ACAUUUUUUAACAGGAUGAACAACAGUUUCCUCAACAUGGCGUCGAUAGGAGACUUCGACCCGCACAUCGCGUCUAUUCCUGCCACCAAAGUUGAAAUCACAGUGUCCUGCAGAAACCUGCUGGACAGAGACACCUUCUCCAAAUCAGACCCAAUUUGUGUUCUCUACACACAAGGCAUGGGCAACAAGGAGUGGAGAGAGUUUGGGAGAACAGAGGUGAUAGACAACACGCUAAACCCCGACUUUGUGCGGAAAUUCAUUUUGGACUACUUCUUUGAAGAGCGACAAAACCUCAGAUUUGACUUGUAUGAUGUUGACUCAAAGAGCCCCAUCCUGUCAAAACACGACUUUCUGGGCCAGGCGUUCUGUACUCUGGGAGAAGUGGUUGGAUCAUUGGGCAGUCGCUCGGAAAAAGCUCUCGGAGGCAUUCAAGGGAAGAAAUGCGGGACCAUCAUUGUGAAAGCCGAGGAGCUGAACAACUGCAGGGAAUCAGUGAUGAUGCAGUUCUGUGGGAACAAGUUGGACAAAAAGGAUUUGUUCGGCAAGUCCGACCCCUUCCUGGUCUUCUACAGGAGCAAUGAGGACGGCACGUUCACCAUCUGCCACAAGACAGAGGUGGUGAAGAAUACAUUGAACCCAGUGUGGCAGGCCUUCAAAAUCCCUGUUCGGGCUCUUUGCAAUGGUGAUCACGACAGAACAAUCAAGGUCGAGGUGUACGACUGGGACAGAGAUGGCAGUCACGACUUUAUCGGAGAGUUCAGCACCAGCUACAGAGAACUAUCCAGAGGGCAGAGCCAGUUCAACGUCUAUGAGGUGAUAAAUGCAAAGAAGAAAUUGAGGAAGAAAAAAUACCUCAACUCUGGAACGGUAACGCUGCUGUCAUUCAUGCUGGACAUUGAAGUCACCUUCCUGGACUACAUCAAAGGAGGGACUCAGAUUAACUUCACUGUGGCCAUCGAUUUCACAGCUUCCAACGGUAACCCAGCCCAGCCCACCUCUCUCCACUACAUGAGUCCCUACCAGCUGAAUGCCUACGCGAUGGCCCUGAAGGCAGUAGGAGAAAUCAUCCAGGACUACGACAGCGAUAAGAUGUUUCCCGCGCUGGGGUUCGGAGCCAAGCUGCCACCUGACGGACGGGUGUCUCACGAGUUUGCCUUGAAUGGGAACCCUCAGAACCCUUACUGCACAGGCAUCGAAGGUGUGAUGGAGGCGUACUACCGGAGUCUGAAGUCAGUUCAGCUCUACGGACCCACAAACUUCUCCCCAGUCAUCAACCAUGUGGCCAGAUAUGCAGCUUCUGUGAAGGAUGGCUCCCAGUACUUUGUGCUCCUCAUCAUCACAGAUGGUGUCAUCUCAGACAUGGCCCAGACCAAGGAGUCUAUUGUCAACGCCUCCUGUCUGCCGAUGUCAAUCAUCAUCGUGGGGGUGGGGCCUGCAGAAUUUGAUGCGAUGGAGGAGCUGGACGGAGAUGAAAUCAGAAUCUCAUCCAGAGGAAGAUAUGCUGAGAGAGACAUUGUUCAGUUCGUCCCGUUCAGGGACUACGUCGACCGGACGGGGAACCACGUCCUGAGCAUGGCCCGGCUCGCCAAAGACGUCUUGGCCGAGAUCCCCGACCAGUUCCUCUCUUACAUGAGGACCCGCGGGAUCAAGCCGUCGCCAGCGCCGCCUCCCUACACGCCGCCUCCCUACACGCCGCCAGGACAACCCAUCCAAACCCAGAUAUGAGGAGCCGGGGGGGGGGAGACAGGUUUCCAAGUCAGGGGUCAGCUGAACUUUACGCGUGAAAUACUUCCAAUUUCCCUAAAGCCGCUCUCUAUGCCUUGUCAUCGUGGAUCACGGUGGUCUUUUCUCGUGUUCAGGAAGCUGCAUGUCGGGCCAGGAGAGUGUCGCUUUUGAGUACAGAAAAAGCCAAUGAGAGUCUGUUUACUUCCACUGUCAGCAUUCCUGCUAAUGUCUGGAAUUUAUUUAUUUCUUUGAUCUGAGAAACCUGGACAGGCCUCGGAGAGACUUCCACGAGUCUGAAUUCUAGCUGGGAGGAAACAUUGUAAAGAGAAUGUCUCCAGAUAAAAAGGAAUCACCUUUUCUGUAAAUAACAACACGUGUAACUUCUUCUUUCUCUCUCUCUCUCUCUCUCUCUCUCUCUCUCUCUCUCUCUCUCUCUC